AUGCAUGUCAUCAGCACCGUCCCAUUUGCUGCCACUCUACUCUCCGGCCUAGCCGCUGCCGCUCCCCAGGCUCCUCAAGGCUAUCAGGGUGGCUGGGUCCCUACAGCCUCUAUCCAACUCUCCAACGAAGAAUCCGGUACCAACUCCAAUGCCGUGAUUCCUGUCGAUGGCGUCUAUCGCCCCGUCCAAGAGCUUUGGGGCAACACCCCCUCGCCAAAGACGGCCUCCAAGGAUCCUCACACGCACCUGGACUUGAGCAGUGACAGAACCUAUGCUGUCUUCGGCGGACCCGUGGUGGAUCUCUGCACCGCCUACGUUGCGUGCGACUGGGCACGCUGGUAG